AUGUAUUCAUUCAUCACUCAUUAUCAUCGUCGGCUGCUUAGUACCGAUACCGAAACCAAAAGAAAAGAAGUCACGCAACAUAAAACUUUUCUUCAAUUAUUCGUUUCGAUUGCUAAUGCUUUUAAAAUGAAAUUAAAUUAUUUCACCAUUGUACGCACAAUUGCAAGCUUACCUCGAGCGAAUAUUGAACUGGAAAUGAGAAGACUUAACGAGAGAAAACUAUUCACUAAAACACUUGAUCUCUUCGACAGACAUAAAAACUCUGAACUGUUAACAGACAGAAUUAUCGUUCAAGCACUCAAGGCUUGUACUCAAUUAAGUUCUCUUGAACGCGGUCAAGACAUUCACGAGCAACUCUCAAAUCAAUCCACUAAUAAUAUAUUCGUCCAAACAUCACUUAUACAUUUCUACAUGCAAUGUGGUCGAGUGAGCGAUGCUCAGCGUGUUUUCGAUUCCUGUGUCAAUAAAACCAUGGUUCAUUAUGGUUCGAUGAUGAAAGGUUUUAUACGAAAUAACAUGGCUGGAAAAGCGAUCGAACUCUUUCGAGGCGUAAAAGCUCCAAAUGAAGUUGUUCUUGGCCUUUUGUUUAACAGCUGUGCCCAAGUUCGAACAACGCAAGCAUUAGAUUUUGGUAAACAAGUGUGGCUUUCCACGUCAGAGAUUCAUCGUAAAGAUGAAUAUAUCGUUGUCGGUGCCUUUGAUAUGUUUAUCAAGUGCGGUGAUAUCUCCAAUGCAGAACAAUUAUUUCAUCGGAUGAAACGAAUUGCAGUUACUUACGGACAAAUGAUGAAAUGUUAUAACGAUCAUUGCAUGCCUAUGGAAACUAUUAACCUAUAUGAAAAGAUGAAGAAGGAAAAUGUUGCAGCAGAUUCAGCCGUUUUGCUUCUUGUCAUCCAAGCAUGUGCUGAAUUAGGACUUGAAUCCCGUUGUCGAUCGAUCGCGAGCCAAAUUCCACCUUCGAUGUUAUCUAAUCUGCAACUUCGAACCACCUUAAUUCAUAUGUGGGGCAAAGUGGCAUGUGUAAAGGAGGCUAAAGAUAUUUUUGACACAAUCGAGAAACCCAGUUGUACCGAAUACAAUGCUAUGAUUAAUGUAUAUGGAUUGAAUGGAAUGGGCCAUGAGUCAAUUCAGCUCUAUCAUCGAAUGCCACUGGAAAUGAGAGAUGAGAGAUCACAUGUUUGUGUGUUGAACGCUUGUUCACAUUCUGGCCUCGUUAAUGAAUGUCGCUCAAUUUUUACAACAAUUCCUAUCAAAAGCAAUUAUAUUUACACAGCAAUGGUCGAUUGCUUGAGUCGUUCAUUUUUCUUUGACGAAGCAAAACAUUUGAUCGAAGAGUUUGAGCGUCACCAAUCUCCUGUUGCACCCAUGUACAUGUCCUUGCUGUCAGGUGCUCGUAAUCGAAACGAUGUUCCUCUUGCACGACAAAUAACUCAACGAAUAAAACAAUUAGACCAUCUUGACGACGACCGUCUAGCAUCGACUUCUGUGCUUUUCACAAAUAUAUUGGCGUCAUCAGGUGACUUGGAAGAAGCAUCACAGCUAAGACGAGAAAUGAGCCAAUCAGGUAUCAAGAAAAAAGUGGGUGUAUCUUGGACUGAAGUCAACGGUGAAAUUGUGGAAUUUCGUGUUAAAGAUCGAAGGCAUCCACGAACAGAAGAAAUCUAUGAUGAACUUCAUCGGAUCGAAACAGAGCUCACUGAGCAUGGCCACAAGUUUGAUUCAAGUUGGAUAACACGUGAAAUGAUGCCUGAUGAAACUGUCGCUUCGAUUCUUAAUAGUCACAGUGAAAGAUUGGCGCUUGCAUAUCAUUUUAUUCAGCGACCAGUUCCAUCACGCAUUCAAAUCGUGAAGAAUCUUCGCAUUUGUGGUGAUUGUCAUGGUGCAAUCAAGUUGAUUAGUCGGAUUCGUCAGUGUGAUAUUAUUAUUCGUGAUACGAAUCGUAUUCAUCAUUUCUCUGAGGGAAAAUGUUCAUGUAAUGAUCAUUUCUAA